AUGAAGGACGAAGACUCGCCCCACGACCUCUAUAUCCAACUGCCGCUGUACUCCAGCUCGACUUCCGUCUACAACGCGGCCCUGGUCAAGCUGGACGCUCACACCACCGACUACAGCCCCAGCGACUCGCCAUUCUACCAGGGCCAACCCCUUCCCCAGCCCGUGCCACUCCCCCAGCCCCAGCAGCCCUCCAACCCUUCGUCGUCCUCCUCCAAAGACACCUCCACGGCUCCUACGCGUGACCAAUCUAGAGACACCUCCCGCGAGCCUGCUGCACGCUACACCACCUACAGCCGCAGCCAGCCCAACAAGAAGCACAAGCCCAGCGUCCAGGCCUGUGACGCAUGCGCCGUCCGCAAGGUCAAGUGUGAAAACCAGCGUCCCUGCACCCACUGUGUGGUCAACAGGAUCACCUGUACCACCUUGCGCGAGCGCAAGAAGAGUGGCCCCAAGAACCUCCACCGCAGGACGUUGGACUGCAUCAGCUACCUCAACGAGGUCAUCGAGGUCAACUACAACAUGUCGGCAAAGGCGCUGCCGCAAGCUGCGGAAGCUGCUGCUUCUUCUACUUCUACUGCUCCUGCUCCUGCUACGACUGCAGCCGAAGAUAAGAACUCGACAAGAUCGUUGCUGCAAACAUCGGACUCCGAGGUGCGUCCAGACACCACCACUGCAUCGCCCGAGCCCCACGACUACAAACCCACUCCGUACAACAUGAUCGAGAACAUCUCGUUGAUCGCAGAAGAGCCGGUGGUACACGCGUUGUUGAAGCCGUUGACGGUGCAGUCGUUGAUCCGCGACCACGCCAAGUUGAUCAACUUCUUGACCCUGAAAUUCUCAGCCAAUAAUGGGCUCCACUCGGAAAUCAACCUCUUGACCAACCACGAUGACUCCAUCUUCUUGUCCACCUUAUUGAUCGUGUUGACCAUCAACAUGAUCAUCGCAGAAAUCUUGAUCAAGCUCAAAAAACAGAAAUACAAGGACUUCGUCAGCUACCCCAAGAAAAGCCUUUUGUUCAGAAACUUCAAAAACUUCAAGAAUCUCUGCCACUUCAAAUGCAUGGAAAUCAACACCCUCAUCGAAAAGAAUUUCAUUGUUCCUCCUAUAAUCCCCCAAAACAACCCAAAAAAUAUCAACAACAUCAAUCUGAACCACAUCAACCAGUACCAGAUCUAUUACAACUUGUCUUUGAGCUGUUUGCACUUGUGUAAUUACUACCACACCCUUAACUUGACAAACACAUUAAACUCAAACUCGAACCUUGACAACAACUACGGUAAUGAGGCUCAGGAGCAUCACAAGUUGAUCAAUUUACGAAAAAGCAUCACCUACUACCAGCUUAUCAACAUCAAAACCAGCGAUAACACCGUCAUUGUCCAACUCCACGAACUCUAUGAGAUAUUGUUUUGCUACGAAAGAUUUUAUUUGAUAUAUUCCUCCAACAACUACAAUAUCAACAUGUUCAGAAAUAAUGAUGUUAUCAUUCAAUUGUCAUCAAAGCAAAUGCUACAGAACAAGCUAGACAAUAACAUAGAUAGUUCCUUUGAGUCCAACAUUCUAUUUGAUUUAAUUCACAUCCUACAUCAAGAGAGUGAAGUUGAUCCAAAUUUAUUAUCGAAGUUAAGCAAACAGACCAACUUCAACAUUAACCCCGAAUAUUCCCCCAACUCACAAUUAGGUACGUUUUUGAACGUUAAGCAGAGAAUACUUGAUCUUGAAAAUACCGACCCAAUCUUCGACAUCAUUAAAGGGAUUUUAAUAUUCAAGCUCGCGAUCGUUAGCAGAAUGACUUUCGAGGAAUCCAAUGACGAACUCUUCUGGCUCAUUUCUUACUUCACAUUACAUUUGGCAAACAAGGAUUGUGACUUGGUCAAGGUCCAGAUGUCUAACUUUCAGCUCUUGCAACCAUUAUUGCAUUUAUUAAGAAUCGCACUAGUUGAGAACGGCAUUGACGGAGAACCAAACCCUGGGGCCGUCAACGACCCUAAAUUCAGUUUGUUAAUUGAUUAUACUGAUAACCUCAUCAAGCAUUUCCCGUUCUUCAACAACAUAAACAAAUUAAUUAGAGCCACCAAAGUGUUCAGCACCUGGUUCGUCAACCUUGACGAAAACAGGCUGAAGGCUGAAGUAUUCAAGAAACAGACUCAAACAAUCCACAAGCUGUUAUCGACAGAGUCAGGCAUUAAUGCCCCCAAUAUUCGCGUCAACUCCACAGGCUCCUCCCAGGUAGUAACUAAUCAACCUAGCCCCGAUAACGACAACGACGACAAUGAGUUCUUUGCCAUUGUUCCCAAGAUCCAGCAUGGGCCCAGAAUCAAUAACUACAGCGACCGCACAGGAUCGAAGGGCUCGUUUUCGAGGUCGCUCUCGUCCGCGGAGUCGGACGAGUCUUCUGGGGCCUCAUCGGUGGUUUCCAACUCCUUGGAAGCCGAGCCUCAUAUCCACAACCAGGGCUUAGAUGUUAAUUCGCAUAUGGUGUUCGGAUCCACUCCUCAUGACCAGAACCACAUAGCUCAUAUUGGGCUAAACACAGUUCAACCGGUGCCAGUACCAGUCAUGGAUGCCCACGGAACGAUGGGCGAACCAUACCAGGAAUCGGUGCCGGUGGAGCUAAUGCCGCAUGCUCAUCCCGAGCAGCCCCACGACAAAGAGUAUAACUCGAACUCCAUGAGCGAAAGCACCAUGAACUUGUACAACCUCUUUAACCAGAUCAGUGAUGACUUCACGGGCGACACUUCCCACCUUAGCAUGACCAACUUGUUUCAAUUCCACGGGGCCGGUUUCACUCCUCACGGGACUCCAAGAAACCCACCUAAUUAG